UCCAUCGUCCUUGUUUUGGCUUCUUUAUUAAUACUUGAUUCCAUCUUUUUUUCAUCCUUCGCUUCUCGUCGCUCGCUCAUCGUCUUUCGUCUUCAUACUUUUUCUACGUUUAAUCAUCAUGCCUUUUUGGGACACAGUCAUGGACUCCCCUUCGGAUGUCGCAUACGGGAAGCGAUUAAUUCCAAACGUUGUGGAUGAUAUCGCUUCAAGCAAUCCCGAACGCAUUUGCUUUUCUUUCCCACGCUCGUCGAAUCUGCGGGAUGGAUUUCGCGAUGUUACUUUUCGAACCGUGAGUUGAGAACACAACCGUCUUAUCCGACGACAACGCGCUGAAAAGAGACCAACGAAAACAGUUUGCAAACGCCAUAAACAAGACGGCACAUUUCAUUCGUAGGGAAAUAGGGUGCAGCACCAUGUUUGAAACGGUCAUGUUCAUGGGCCACCAGGAUAUCAGGUACUUCAUUAUACUGGUCGCGUUGAUGAAGACGGGACACAAAGUUCUGCUCAGUUCGCACCACAACAGUGUAGCAGGUCAUGCCGAGCUCAUCAAACAAUCCGACUGCGGGAUAAUGCUUUACGCGUCCGGCUUCCCGGUACAUCCGAUACUAGAGCGUUGUAGGAUGGAAUCAGUGUGUAUACCGGAGUUGGAUUACCUUCUAGACGACGCCAUGUCUUGCGAAGAGUUCCCGUACGAGAAGACUUUCGAUGAGGCAAAGAUGCAUCCUUGUAUGGUAAUACAUACAUCGGGUUCUACGGGGUUGCCUAGGCCUGUGGUAUGGACGAAUUGGACUAUGGCUGGCAUCGACUCGGAACAUCUCAUCUCGCCAUCCAAUGGCCGGCCAACAUUAUGGGGAGGCAUCCUGACGCAAAACUCCAGACGGGCGUUCAGCGCGCUACCCGUAUCCCAGGGCUCGGGUCUCGUCAGUGCCAUCACCAGAGUUUGUUAUGGCAACACUACAAUCGUUAUCGGACCUCCGGGACUGCCGAGCGCAGAUACUAUUGCAGAAAUGAUAGAUAACGCCGACAUCGACAGCGUGUUCUGCGUCCCGGCAACCCUCGAGGAAGCUGCCACCAGACCAGACAUCCUUCCCAAGCUCGGCCAACUCAAAUACGUAGCAUACACGGGCACCUUCCUAUCUCAACCCGCCGGCGACUCCAUCUCGCAAAUCGUCCCUCUAUACUCGGUAAUGGCCAGCACCGAAAUCUCGAUCCUAGCCCAAUACGCCACGGACCCCGAAGACUGGCAGUACAUCCACCCCAACACGCACAUCAGCGGGAUCCAAAUGCGGCCCUACAGAAACCUCUACGAGCUCGUCAUCGUCCGAAACGACAAGCAAGCAGAUGACCAAGGCAUCUUCAAAAACUUCCCUCAUUUACACGAAUUCCCCACAUCCGAUUUAUACGAUGCACAUCCCUCGAAACCGGGGCUGUGGAAGUACGUCGGUCGCGCAGACGACAUGAUUGUCCUGAAAAACGGAUGGAAUUUCCACCCAGGCAUGCUCGAGCAGCUCCUCGCCUCGCACAGCGCGGUGCGGCAUUGCGUGGUUCUCGGGACUGGCCGACACGUGCCCGCCGCGCUCAUCGAGCUUGUCGAGGACCGCGAUGACGUGGUCGGACAGGGGGAGGUGAUGCGCAUGUUGGGUCCUCUGAUCGACAGGGCGAAUUCGUAUAGUGAUGGCGCCGGUCAGCUCCGGAAGGAUUGCGUUAUUUUCGCGAAGAAGGGGAAGCCGUUUGCUGUUGUGGGGAAGGGGUCUGUACAGCGCGGAGCGACGAUUGCGCUGUACGAGAAGGAGAUUGAACGGCUGUACAGCGAGGUCAGCGCGGGGGGAGUGAAGAUGUGAGGAUGAGGAUGAUUGGGUCGAAUGAGGCUAGUUCGUCUUGCGGGUCGGUGGUUACGUAUGGCGUUGGGGCGAAGUUCUCCGAAUCUCAGCUGUAGUGUUGGCGAGCUGAGACAGUCGAGUUGUUGGUUCUGUUGUCGAAAGAACGCAAACAAGCCGCAGAAUGUAAGUCAUACGCAGCCAGGCAUAACAUAUCGGGGAAUUUCAUCCGAUACUAACUAUUCUAGGUGUGCAUGUGCUAUCGAGUGUGGCUUACUUCUCUACCACUAUCGCACGAGAUCAUUCAUCAUGGGGUUUUCAC